GAUAAAAUGGACGUAGAGAUGACAGACGCCUCCGACGCGUUUGAGACAGAUGAAGAAAAGAUCAUUGCUGAUAGUGGUGUAGCUGCAACAGUGUCGGUAUCCCUGCAUCCUCUGGUUAUCAUGAAUAUAUCUGAACACUGGACCAGAACCAAAGCCCAAGAGGGGAAACCUAAGCAAGUGUAUGGUGCUCUUAUUGGUAAAACAGUUGGACGAGAUAUUGAAGUGAUGAACAGCUUUGAGUUGGACUACAGCACAGUGGAUGGGUUGGUUGUGAUUGAUAGAGAAUAUUACAAUCAGAAGGAGGAACAAUUUAAACAGGUUUUCUCUGAGAUGGAUUUCCUGGGUUGGUAUAGUACUGGAGCUGGGGAGAAACCAACCUCUGCCGAGAUAGCUGUUCACCGACAAAUCAUGGAUAUCAAUGAAUCUCCUUUAUUCCUUCAACUCUCCCCAGGAGGAGGAAAUUGUACCGAGCUGCCCUUGUACCUAUUUGAAUCUGUGAUUGAUAUAGUAGAAGGCCAGGCUAGAAUACUCUUCGUUAAACUACCAUACACUCUUUCUACUGAGGAGGCGGAAAGAAUAGGAUUGGACCACGUGGCCCGUAUUGUGGCGGGAAAUGAGAUUUCCACAAGUAGAACAGCUGACCAGCUGACGGCCCAACACUCCGCUAUAAAUAUGCUAACGGGCAGGGUUAAACUUAUUCUAGAAUACAUGAAGGCUGUUGAGAGGGGCGAUGUGCCGCGUAAUCAUGAAAUACUUCGCCAAGUUCGCGCACUUUCACAUCGGCUACCAGUAUUGGAGUCCAGUAGGUUUCAACCAGACUUUUUUACACAGGCUAAUGAUGUUGCACUGAUGACGUUGCUGGGAAGCGUGAUGAAGUCUGCGAACAACUUGAACCAGUUUGUGAACAAGUUCAACCUGGUCUACCAGAGGCAGAGCAUAGGAAGGAGGAUGAGAGGACUCUUCUUCUAGAUCUAGAACUUCAUAAAAUCCUCAACAUUUAAACUUUAACUUAUAAAAAAUAACAGCGCACCAACAAUACCAAGUUAAAAUAAGAAUAUCCAGGGAAUAAUUGUUAAUGAUUAUAAAAGGGGGAGGGGGGAAGGUUUUUUUCAGUUUCAGACAUCCCAAUUCCUAAUGCAGUAAUAAAUUAGCAUAUCGCAAGCACUUGGAGAAAAAA